GGGGUCUGGCCCUACGGGCGGGAGGACGCGUCGCGGGCCGCCUGCACCGUCGCCCGGCUUUGAUCUUCCCUGCACCGCGCUCCGCGGAAAGUUACCCGCACCCGGGAGUGGCCUCAGCCUUCAGGCCCGAGGCGCGGCUGCAGGACGGGCGGGAGUGGUGCCCUCCACCUGACCCGCCUGGCGCCUCCCGGGAGAGGGAGACCGACUGGAACCCGCGCAGAGCACGGCACCGCGCAGCGCGCCCCUCCCUAGGUCUGUUCUGAGCAAUGGGCUGUGGAGACUGAGCUGCUGCCAUGAUUGGAGGGCUGUUCAUCUAUAAUCACAAAGGGGAGGUGCUCAUCUCCCGGGUCUACCGGGAUGACAUCGGGAGGAACGCAGUGGACGCCUUUCGGGUCAAUGUCAUCCAUGCCCGGCAGCAGGUGCGCAGCCCCGUCACCAACAUUGCUCGGACCAGCUUCUUCCAUGUUAAGCGGUCCAACAUCUGGCUGGCGGCGGUCACCAAGCAGAAUGUCAAUGCUGCCAUGGUCUUCGAAUUCCUCUAUAAGAUGUGUGACGUAAUGGCUGCCUACUUUGGCAAGAUCAGUGAAGAGAACAUCAAGAACAAUUUUGUGCUCAUCUAUGAGCUGCUGGAUGAGAUCCUGGACUUUGGCUAUCCACAGAACUCUGAGACAGGGGCACUGAAGACCUUCAUCACUCAGCAGGGCAUCAAGAGCCAGCAUCAGACAAAAGAAGAGCAGUCCCAGAUCACCAGCCAGGUGACGGGGCAGAUCGGCUGGCGGCGGGAGGGCAUCAAGUAUCGCCGGAACGAGCUCUUCCUGGAUGUGCUGGAGAGUGUGAACCUGCUCAUGUCCCCGCAGGGGCAGGUGCUGAGCGCCCACGUGUCAGGCCGGGUGGUGAUGAAGAGCUACCUGAGCGGCAUGCCCGAGUGCAAAUUUGGGAUGAACGACAAGAUUGUCAUCGAGAAGCAGGGCAAGGGCACGGCUGAUGAAACAAGCAAGAGUGGGAAGCAAUCGAUUGCCAUUGACGACUGCACCUUCCACCAGUGUGUACGACUCAGCAAGUUUGACUCGGAACGCAGCAUCAGCUUCAUCCCGCCUGACGGAGAGUUUGAGCUCAUGAGGUAUCGCACCACCAAGGACAUCAUCCUGCCUUUCCGGGUGAUCCCGCUAGUGCGGGAAGUGGGGCGCACCAAGCUGGAGGUCAAGGUGGUCAUCAAGUCCAACUUCAAGCCCUCGUUACUGGCCCAAAAGAUUGAGGUGAGGAUCCCAACCCCACUGAACACAAGCGGGGUGCAGGUGAUCUGCAUGAAGGGCAAGGCCAAGUACAAGGCCAGCGAGAACGCCAUCGUGUGGAAGAUCAAGCGCAUGGCAGGCAUGAAGGAAUCGCAGAUCAGUGCUGAGAUUGAGCUUCUGCCAACCAACGACAAGAAGAAGUGGGCUCGACCCCCCAUUUCCAUGAACUUUGAGGUGCCAUUUGCACCAUCUGGCCUCAAGGUGCGCUACUUGAAGGUGUUUGAGCCGAAGCUGAACUACAGUGACCACGAUGUCAUCAAAUGGGUGCGCUACAUCGGCCGCAGCGGCAUUUAUGAGACCCGCUGCUAGCUGCCCAGUGGCAGCGAGCCCGCCUCCCCGCCCACCCUCUUCCACAGGCCCGGGAGCCCCCGGCAACCAUGCAUCAGUGUCUUCCCCUCUUCUGCUUUGCUGCCUUCCCUGUGCACAGCCCCCAAGUCUAGGUCUGGACCAACCCCAUCGCGAGUGGCAGUGGCAGAGCGGUCUGUGGGCUCCCUGGGCAGGGGGUUCCGGGGUGCCUGCUCCAUUCAUCUGUCUGUCCUGGCCCAGUGCCAACCUCUCUUGCGAGUUCUGUGACCAAAGCCAGGUGGGCCCCCUCUCCUCCUGUCCCUUGUGGCCACAGCUCUCUGGAGUGGGAGGGUUGGCCGCCCCUCACCUUGGAGCUCCCCUAAAGGCCAGUAACGGAUCCCCAGCCCUCAGUCCCUCCUCUGCUCUGGGAUAGUUUGAGCUUCAUUUUGUACACAUGUGACUUUGUCCAGUUAUAAACCCAAUAAACUCUGUAGAGUGGAA